GUGUGGGUACAGCCAAUGGGCUCCGGGCCAGAGCGGGCGGGGAGUGGCGGGGCCUGACUCCUCCCUCGCGGGGCUCAGGUUAGCUAGGCCUAGUCGUCGGCCGGGCUGUGCUUCCUCCCCGGUAGAGGCGAAGUUCUGCGGUUACUGGUCCGUGAGGUCUAGUAGGUGGUGAAGGGCCGCCCGUCUGAAGGCACCUUCGGCCCCCGGUGGAGUCUCGUGGCGGAGCGUCGGCGGGCGGGGAAAAGGUGCCUGAACUCCGCCUUCUGGUCGGGCGGGAGGCGCGGAAGGCGCAGCGGGGCAGGAGAGCCGAGACGCAGCGAAUAUUUCAUGUACUUAUGGACCAAAAGAUGAAGUUGAUUUAUUUAUUUUCAAAAAGAUACUAUCAAUGAUCUCAUACAGCUAUAAAUACUUGAUGAAGAUACAUGGACAUCUUACAGUUUGGACAAAUAAUCAUUUCUGAAAGUUUCGUCAGCCACAGUUCCUAUUUGAAAACUCAUCAAAGAAUACUGGGUGUUUAAUGGUAUCGGUGAUGUAUUUUCUCUGAGCACUACAGCUUUCAUAGAUGCUGCAGUUGGAUUCACACAUAUAUUCUCCAAUCAGAGUCAUUCAGUUCUUUGAUAAAUUAAUAUUGAAGAAUUUUAUGUUCAUAAACGACACCAAAAGAUGGGAGAAAAAAGUGGUGAUGCAAAAACUUUCUGGAUGAAACUGGAAGAUGAUGGAAAAAUAGAUUUUAUUUUUGAACAAGUACAAAAUGUGUUGCGGUCACUGAAACAAAAAAUUAAAGAUGGGUCUGCCACAAGUAAAGAAUACAUUCAAGCAAUGAUUCUAGUGAAGGAAGCAACGAUAGGUAACAGUUCCACACUGAAAAAAGAUUAUAUCUCAGUGGCCCAGAAUGUACAGGAAGACAUAGCAAGUUCAUUGCCUUCUACAUCAUGUAAAGAUUCCUUUCCAGAAGAACGUGUAUUUAUAUCUACAAAAAGUAAGGAAGUUCCUCCUCUGGAAUAUAAAGUAGCAAACUUUGAAGGAAAAGAAUCAUCUGUGAAAUUAUCUUACCAAAGUCAUGACUGUGCUGCUACCUGUCUGAUAAAAAUACCAGUAACCUUUAAGGAAGAAAACCCUCUGCAGCUACCAAUCAAAUACCACUUCCAAAGAAGACAUGCAAAGACAAACUCUCAUUCUUUAGCACUCCAUGUGAGUUAUAAAACCCCUUGUGGAAAGAGUCUACGAAACAUGGAGGAAGUUUUUCGUUAUCUGCUUGAGACAGAGUGUAACUUUUUAUUUACAGAUAAUUUUUCAUUCAAUACUUAUGUCCAAUUGACUCGGAAUUACCCAAAGCAAGAAGAAAUUGUUUCUGAUGUGGAUAUCAGCAAUGGAGUGGAAUCAGUACCCAUUUCUUUCUGUAAUGAAGUUGACAAUAGAAAGCUUCCACAAUUUAAGUACAGAAAGACCAUGUGGCCGCGAUCAUAUUAUCUAAACAGCUUUUCCAACAUGUUUAAUGAUUCAUGUGACUGUUCUGAGGGCUGCGUAGACAUAACAAAAUGUGCAUGUCUUCAAAUGACAUUAAGAAAUGCAGAGGAUUGCCCUCUGUCAAAUAAUGAAAUAACCACUGGAUAUAAAUAUAAAAGACUACAGAGACAUGUACCAUCUGGUAUUUAUGAAUGCAGCCUGCUGUGCAAAUGUAAUCGACAGAUGUGUCAAAACCGAGUUGUUCAGCAUGGACCUCAACUGAGGCUUCAGGUAUUCAAAACUGAGAAGAAAGGAUGGGGAGUGCGCUGCCUAGAUGACAUUGACAGGGGAACAUUUGUUUGCAUUUAUUCAGGAAGAUUACUAAGCAGAUCCAACACUGAGAAACCUGAUGCUAUUGAUAAAAAUGGAACAGAAGAGAAUAUUAUGGAAAAGACUGUUUCAAAAAAGAGGAAAAUAGAAGUUGCAGAUUGUGAAGUUGAAGUUAUCUCAUUGGGAUUAGAAACACAACAGAGAGAUACUAAAAUUGAGGAGUCUGUACAUAAGUUCAAUAGCACUCCAAAAGAAAUGAAAUAUAAGCCCAUUUCAGGAGUUCAGUAUCAUUCAGUCAUUAGAAGCUCAAAAGCCAAGACAACUGAUAUGCAACGCAAUGGGGAAAAAAUGGAAUUUUGCUCCUCUGAUUCUGUCCCCUCAGAAGAUUAUGAUGGAUUUAAACCAGUGCAAGUAUAUCUGAAUCCUAGAGCCAAGGAAAUGAAAAAAUGUUCAUUAGUGGACACUAACUCAAAUCAAGUUGAAAAUUGUGAAGCCAGCCUGCUGAUUGAAUCAAAUGUUAUAGACAUAACUAAAUGUAGAGAAGAGACUCCUCCAAGGAGCAGGUGUAAUAGCCAAGCAACACUGAGUAAUCAGAAUAUUGAAAAGGAAUUUGAAAUUCAAGUCCAAAGCCUCCAAGAUGAAAAGUCUCCAGUGUGUCAAAACCAGCAGGCCUUUUGUGAUGAAGAGUUGUUCAGUAAAAACAAGAAUAAUUCAUCUGAUUCUCCAGAAAAAUUUAGUAAAGAGAAUGUAUUUUUAUUGGAUGCUAGAAAAGAAGGAAAUGUGGGUCGCUUCCUUAAUCAUAGUUGUUGCCCAAAUCUUUUGGUACAAAAUGUGUUUGUAGAAACACAUGACAGGAAAUUUCCACUGGUUGCGUUCUUCACCAACAGGUAUGUGAAAGCAAGAACAGAACUAACAUGGGAUUAUGGUUAUGAAGCUGGAACUGUACCUGAAAAAGAGAUUCUCUGCCAGUGUGUCUUUCAGGUUACAGAAAAGAUGGUAAAAAAGACAUGUGCAUUCUGCCCCAAAGGCCUCGACUGUGGUAUUCUGUACUUUGCACAAUCAGAGAAUGUAGUUGCUCAUGAAAACUGUUUGCUGUAUUCUUCUGCACUUGUGGAAUGUGACGACCGUGCUGAACCCAGCAGUACUGAUGACCGAAAUUUUGAUGUGAAAUCUGUACAGAAAGAAAUCUCUAGAGGAAGGAAGCUGAGAUGCUCAUCUUGUGGUAUGAAAGGAGCCACAGUGGGAUGUGAUGUGCCAGUUUGCCCUAGGAGCUACCACUAUUUCUGUGCCAAGAAAGCCUGCGCAGUUCUACAAUGUGAUAGAUAUCGAGGAAUUUAUAACAUAUUAUGUCCAACCCAUGCUCCAGAAGACACUCAAAAUGAGUCAGCAGAGCCUUCGUCUGAUAGCUUCCAUCUUCAUAGAAGUCAGAAGACAGAACCAAGAAGACACGGAGUGAGAAAAAGAGGAAGGAGAAAAACAUUUUUACCAGACACUCAUAUAUGGCAGUUUGCUACAGCUAACAGAUGUUCUAAGAAAUUAGAGGAAGGAAGACAUGCAGGCACUACUGUGAAAGCUGACUUUCUUAAAAAAUGUAAGAAAGCUGGACUUCUGGAUGUUUUAUUUGAAGAAAUAUUAGACAAACUUCAUUUAACUCAGAAAAGACUCAUGGAUGAGACUGCUUCUGACUCAGACUAUGAAGAAAUCUGGACUUCAAUUUUUGAAUAUAGACUAUUUGAAGACACGUUUGCAAAUCUUCAAGCAGCAAUUAAUAAUAAAAUCCAUCAAUCUAAAGAAAGGCAACAGCAGCUGGAGGAAGAGAUUGAGCUACUUCAGGACAUACAACAUAGUUUGUCUUCUAUUAAAGGAAAUAGCUAGA